UGGCUAUAUUGUCCUAAUAAUUUUAAAUUUUGAGGUUUUGUUAUCCUACAUUAGAAUAUAUUUGAAUGAGAGAAGGUAUGAUAAUAUACAAUUAUAAAGUGACCAUGUGAUAAUAAAACUCAGUGCACUCACUUAGAAUUAGAAGCGUGGUCAGCUUUGUCUUAUUACAUUCAAUAUGUAAAUAAAAAUGAUAAUCAAAUGACUGUAAGUGUAUCUGAAUCUGUCUUUGUAACAACUUUGUACACCCGUCAUUCAAUUUUAAGAUUUUUGACAGCUCUCUCUUUCUUUUUUAAAAUAUUUUUUUUAACAAUCAUAACUCUGAAAAUAAUUGAAUUGAAUUUGUUGGGGCGGUAAACAAUGGGGACGCCUGCCACUAUUCACUAUUUUAUCGAAUUUCACGAAUGUAUAUCCCUAAAUCGAUCCCUGCCCUGCCCUAUGACCUAUGCCUUACCUCAAUCCUAAAUCGAUCCCUAUGCCUAACCUGAACCCUAAAUCGAUCCCUAUGCCUAACCUAAACCCUAAAUCGAUCCCUAUGCCUAACCUGAACCCUAAAAUUGAUCCCUCAACCUAACCUAAACCCUAAUUCACUGCAACUAUAAUAAACACACAAAAGACGCCGUGGCAGCCCUCCUCGGUUUUAGCCCUUGGGGCAAAUUUUGGAUUGGGGGCGUCCAUUAAGUCAACAAUUUUUAAGCAAUUUUUAUCACCCCCUGUUAACAACUGUCAAACUUUUAAUCAAUGGAUUCCCCCCUCCCCGUAAUAUGUCAACAUUUGGGUAAUUUUUGGGUUAACGGUAUGGGUUUGGCCAAGAUUUGUCGCACCCUAAGUUCAGUGACGUCACUUUGAGUCUUUGAGGAAUCCCAAAACUGGGGUGAAUAGACUUAUUAAUUAAAUUCCGAGCGAUGCGUGUGAGUGUGAUAACAUUCCUUUUCUUUACUGAGCAUUACUUGCGUCACAAACGAUGCUGUUAAUAUGAAGGAUAAUAAAGUGGAAUUUGUCAUUACUUGAUAUUAAAAUUCAACAUACACGUUUCAAAAGAAAGCAAAAUAGAAACAUAUGGACAUAUCCUUGGUGAUACACCAAGCCCCAACACCAGUGAAAAAAAAGACGCACGCCAAAGGUGCUGUAUUUUAAGUAGUUAAAAAUCCCCAGAACCCCAAUUUCAAAAAGAAAACAAAAACUUGCAUUAUGUAACUACAAACUAGGUACCGGUACUUCACUAAAAAUUUCAAAGUUGUCAUAUAUUAAUGAAACGUAUAUCGUUAGAGAAAGGACUCAGUAUUUCCUUUCCAUUGAUACCAAGUUUAUCUUUCUAUCUUAAUUAGAAAAAAAGUUAUCAGAUUUUUAGUGUCAGAAUUUUUCCUUAUAUAGCCUUAGUCUAAAUAAUUUCCAAAAUUCUGUGAUAAAAAAAGACAUCCUUGACACUCAAAAUGCAAUAAAUUUUUAGUCAGCAAAGUUAAAGCUCUGAAAUUUACAAUGCAUUUCAAUUAACUAUUACUAUUAGGCUUUAAUAAUAAAUCAUUGUUAUGCAAAUACUACAAUAAAUAUAUUAAUGCGUGGGAUUUGAACAACAGACCGUAAGUAAAUUUCAUUAAAAAUGUUCUCAAUACUCAAAAUGUUAUAACUUUUUUACCUGUAAAGUUAAAGUCUUCAAAUUUUUAGCACAGUUUAAUUAGGUAUUGGGCUUUUAUAAUAAGCCAUUUUCAUAUUAAUAUUUUAACUAAUGUAUUAGUGCCUUGGAGUUGAACAACAGAGGGUUAGUAAAUUUCAUUAAAAAUUUAGCGCCUGUUCUCAAUUCUCAAAUGCCAUAACUUUUUAAGUUAAAGCCUUCAAAUUUUCAGCAUAGUUUAAUCAGAUAUUGGGCUGUAAUAAUAAGCCAUUUAAAUAUUAAUUCAAUAAUAAAUGAAUUAAAUCAGUGGCAUUUGAGCAACAGAGAGUAAGUAAAUUUAAUUUUAAAAUGUAGCCUGUUUGUGCAUUAAAAAUACAAAUUGCAUAAAUAUUACCAAUUCAACCUAUUGUGUUAAUGCACACAAUCAUCUAGUAAAUUAAUAUUAAUACUGUGAAUAAUUCCACAGAAAAGAUUUAUAAAAUAAUGUAUAAUAACGGAUAUGGAUAAUUGGCAUUGAAAAAUGCAGAUCACAUAUGUUAAAUCCAAUCAUCCAUGAUCCAAUCCAUGAAAUUGAUAAUCCAAGUAGCCAUGCUAUUUGAAAUCUACAGUACAAAUGAUGAUCACACUUAAUAUUAUAUUAGUACUUCUUUAGUUCAUUGAACGGCUGAAUAAAAGAGAUAUAUUUUUUUUCAUAGAAAGAUGAUGGUCAAAAGUAGUGUGUUGGUCGAGUCCAUGGCAUUCUUGAUUAAAUUUGUAACAGUUAUAGAUAUCAUUGGUAAUGAUUCAGUUUAUGACACAGAUGAAUGGAGUCCUGAGUGUAGAUACCAUUGGUAAUGAAUGGUUUUCCGAAAUGGUUUAUUUUGUGUCAAUAUUGUUGCUUCCACCCAUGAUGAUGAUAAAUAGGAGUCCUGAGUGUAUAAAUUGCCAUAUAAAUGCAGUAGGUGAUGAAAAAUAACAAUAGCUGUUGAUAUUAGGCUCUGGUGGUCCAUAUUUUGGUGGAUUAUCCAGUUGUACAUGCAGUCACACCUGAUAGGUUUUUGUUAAAAUUUUUAUCCCCCCAUUGCACACGUACGUUUUUGGAUACCCCACCCCUCAAAUGACUACAUGCAAAAAUGAAAUCAAAUAAUUUAUACAUAAUUGUGAUGUCACAGAAAUAAAAAAAAUGUCACGGGCUUAUACCGCUGACCGUUCGGCCAGCCCAGUGGUUCCCAUAAUAUACGCUGUGUUGCUCUGGGUGACACACCACCCUCAGACAGAGCCACGAAAAUGGGGCAAAGAAGUAGUCACACAGAGCACCAACAUCAUGGGUGUCAAAGACACAUAAGUCGUUCAUAGUGAAAUAAAAUAUAAUAUCCCAUAUUCUUCAGAAAGACAAGGGGUGCCAAAAAUUAUCUUUUUACUGGUCCGCCACAGGGGGAGAAUUUGUUUCUAUAUAUUAAGUGGCACCAUUUUUCAGCUCCGCCCCUGUUCUGGGUUGCUUCAGCUCUCUUACAGUAACCUACAGGACACCACAAAAUAUUUAAAUUUUCAUGAUGUCAUUUCCUCUUUUCACCCAAUGUGACAUCUAGUGGUCGUGGUGCCAACACUUUGAUUACAGUUUUCAUGAUGUCAUUUCCCCUUUUCACCCAAUGUGACAUCUAGUGGUUGUGGUGCCAACACUUGAGUACAGUUUGGAGUACCGGUAACUUGAUUUUUACCCAAAACUUUAUUUUAUUUUGUUUAUUUUUUCACUAUGUUAGAAUUUAACAAAGGGCGGCUGGUGAAAGCCUAAAUUUGGCAUAGGUGCCAGGAAUAAAAAAAAUUGAGGAACCACUGGAACAGACGAGGGGGAGGGGGGGGGGAAGUCACACACAUGUUGAACAUAUGGGGGAAGAUAUAUUACUAUAGCAACUACUGAGUUUAAUUUGAGCAAUAUCUAAUGAGUUCAUUUUUUAAAACGUGGCAAAAUUUUGACGAUAAUUCCUAAAAAAAUUGACAGCAUAUCGAGAUAAAUGUGCUAUUUUUGGACUGUCCAUAUUUCAGGAUGAUUAUUUUUGAAUAUUUUUACAAAUAAACGUACUUUCUGCUUUUAAAUUUUAUUACCUCUGUUUGGUUGCAACACUUUUAUUCCUUUCACCCAUUUACAGCAUGUGAUAGUUAUCAGACUAUAAUCUAUUAGCUGGAAUUAGGUUUAAUGGAUGUCGAUUCUUUUUUUUUCUUUCUAUUCUUACCUAUCUCUUCCAUAAUUAUAAAUCUCUAGUUACUUGGUAGGUUUUUUAAAUGUCGCCCUAAUUUGUUAAUUAAUUGUUAUUUUAAUCAAUUUUAUCUUAUGCUUAUCUGACUACAAGUACAAGCUUGAACAACAUUAAAUUUCACCAUUAACUAUUAACUUUAUUUUUAGCAUACCAGUGACAGACUAUGAUAUUGUGAUCUGUACAUUCACUCACUCAUAUCAAUUGCAAAUACAGCAAAUACACAUCUGCAAAACAAAAUGACCACCGAUUGCCGUAUAUUCAUUGGUCAUCUAUUUAUAGAAGUUACCAUUUUUAUACCACCUUAAAUCGAUCCCACUAGACACGCGAUGCGAGUAGUUAUUGUAUACUGUAGAUAUACUGGGUGCUCAUUUUUUUACUAUAAAGAUACUGUAUUGUAUGAUUUUGGAGUUAGAGGGUAAACAGGUCUGGUCAUAGUUUAAAUAAAUGUUAAACAUGUUAUUCUUAUAUGUAUAGUACCGGUAAUAGAAAUAACUAGCCCUAAUCAUGCCUAAUGGGAAACAGAUUAUAUAUCUUAAGUCUUUAUCAACAUAUUCAUGUUUUUAUCAAUAUAUAUUAUACUGACCAGUAGCCAUCCCAUAGUCAGAGUCUUGUAUUUCAGAAUAGAUUAAGCCAGGGGUUCUCAACCUUUUGUAUUUUCAACAGCGCCUCAUAAUUGUUUGACUAAGUUAGCUAAGUCUCUAUCUAGUGCUAUGUCUGGAAAACCCUGCAAAUUGUUUGAAAUAUUCAAUGAAUAUACUAGUACUAGCUUGCAUGCUUAAAACAGUUACUAAGCCAGACUACGCCUUUAAAAAUUUUAAAAAUAGUCGGCUUCUAACUUUUGUUGUUGAAUUUAGGAAAUUUCAAAGAGAACUGAGGAUUAAAAAAAACAAAACUUCUGGCUUUGGCUUACCAAUUAACUACUAAUUACUUACAUAAAGUAUAACCAAUGUUAAAAAAAGAAAUGUACUUAUAUAGUUGAUAUAGGUAUAAGCAUAGCCCAAACAUUUCUUUUAAGUAAUCAAAGGCUGCUCUUAUAAUAUAAUCAAUUUUCCUUGCAUCCCCUGAAAUCCCACCACAUAGCCCCUGGGGUGAGAGCACACAAGUUUGGGAAUCCCUGGAUUAGGCCUAGUUUAUUGAUUAGACUUCAUAUUUGUUUUAAAAGAAUUGGUACUUGUCGUCCUUUUCUUCUGGAACUGUAAAUCUCUCUGCCCCAAGUAGCUUCAUUAAAUGGUAGCAAUUAAAUAAGGGCUAGGCUUACUAUUAGUAGUACUAGUACUAUUACAGAGGGGAUUGAGUGGUCAUCCCAUUCCAAUAGAUACUAGAGCCUGUAGGGCAUAUUUAAAAUGUUGUGAGCUACAUUACAUAGAUAAAUGUUCUAAAAUCAUGACGCAUCUCUGCCUCAAACUAUUUGAUACUGAUAAGGGCAUCAGUGACUUUCAAUACUAUAUUUUUGAGAAUUUUUUCAAAUGUAUCCUAAUGAGUCCUGUAAAGUGCAACAAAAAUGCUGCUGUUAUUGAGAAAAAAAAUAAAAUUUGAUUUGAAAAUCUCAAGGCAAUUUUUACCAAUGUUUAUUUAUUUUUUUUUUUUCAUUUUCCUCAGAUAAGCAAUUCAAAUGAUGUCUGCAUUACAAAUCUGAGACAAGAAUCGCCAAAGUUAAUUAAGCAUGGAAGUUACUGAUGUUAAUGAAAUUUUGUGAACAUUUGUUUUUAAAUGUUUGUACCAGCACAAAGGAGGAGGAGCUUGAUUGAAUUAAUUCCCAGCAUACAUAUCUAAAAUAUCAAUUUAUAUUAAAAAAAUGGCAUUGUCCAGCCAGGAAAGAAAUUGUGCAGAUUACCUCUCUAAUGCUGUCCUAAUGGGUGAGGAUAUUUUUUCCAGUUUAAGUUUGGAUGGGGCAAGCUUGUUAGAAAAUCUGAUUAAAGUCAACCAGUUUCUAAGUCAGCAUCCGCACAUUGUUGUCACUAAAUAUGAAAUCCAUGUGAAUGUCGUCGAUAAUUACCUGAGUCACAGCGAUGUCCCUCAAGGGCAUUAUUACAUCAUCAAAGAGGGUGAUGACGAAGUGGAAGAUGAGGUUUCUAAGAAACAAAAUGAAAUGGUCAUACCCAUUACAAAGAAAGAACAUGAUGCAGAAGAUUCUUUGAUAUCAUCAGCCCAUUCUGAGAUUAUCACGGACAGGGCUGAAGCUAAGCCUGAGCAAGUCCUGACAGUCAGCACACACCCACUCACCCCUGCUCUUUCAACAGCUAAUCCCAUUCCUCCUCUCAAGAAACUUAAUUCUGAACCCAUCCAGACAGAAGAAUUAUGUUCUGCCCUGAAAAACACCACCGAUAUCAAUGUCAAUGAAGGAGAAAUGUUGUUUCAGACCUCAAUAAAAAACAAUCAUGAAAUACGGACUCAAGAAUAUCCAAAAUCAAAUCUUGCAGAAACUGUUAGAAAGAUCAAAGUUGAAGAGCAGGACCCGAAAUCCCACAGGUGUAAAUUGUGUAAUACGACCUUCCAAAAAGCUGAGAGCCUGCUUGUCCAUGAACUGACCCACAUCACACUGGUCACUGACAUCAGGCAUAAUAAUUUCUGUUGCCCCCUCUGUCCUUUUAAAGCUGGGGGCAAGAGAAAAAUAAGAAGUCAUAUAAUUGCCAAGCACUGCAUCACUCGUCUGUACUGGUGCCAUCAUUGUAAGUUCGUAGGUACUUCGUCGAGCCAGCUUGUCCAUCACAGAUCACAGCAAGAACACAAAGACGCAAUUUCUAAACUGAGCGCCGCCAAGACACACAAGUUUCUGUGCGCCCAGUGCGGCUACCUGGCCAUCAGCCCGGCCGGUCUGAGGAACCAUAUGGUUGUUCACCAGGAUAAGAAAAAUUUCACCUGUCCAGUCUGUUCACAAACUUUUAAAACGGAAAAAAAUUUGGACAUCCACAAAGCGAUACACAGUACUGUCAAACCUUUCCUUUGUACCUUUUGCCCCUUUUCUACCCACAGAAGGGCGCACCUCAACAAGCACGUCAGCAACACUCACCUUGAUGUUGGCAAAUAUAAGUGUAGGGUGUGCCCGAUGGCGUUCAGGCAGAUGCUGCUGCUGAAAGAGCACGCUCAGUCAGAGCACAAGAGUGAAGAUGGCUACUUCUGUGCCCGCUGCACAUUUUCCUCCAAAGAUAGAGAGAAGUACAAACAGCACAUUCAGAUUCACACUGGAGUUAAUCUCUACUGCUGCAAGAUAUGUGGCUUCACUGCGGCUCAAAGAGGUCAGGCUAAACGGCAUGAGCUGACUCACAGUGCCGUUUUGCCUUUCUCGUGCCCCAUCUGUGGUCGAAAGUUUCGCGUGAAAAGAAGCCUCGUCAACCAUAUUACGGUCCACCAAAAUGUCAAGAAGUUGCAGUGUGAGCUCUGUCCAUACAAAACUAAGUCAACGCUGGUGUUGAACAGGCACAUGGCACUCCAUAACCAGCAGAAGAUAUUACGCUGUGUUCUCUGCGAGUACAUCACGAAACAUCGAGGAAACUGGCAUAAGCACAUGAAAUUACAUUCCACCAAUAAACCCUAUGUAUGUGAUAUUUGCAAUUACUCUUUUAAAUUUGAAGAAAGUUUAACCAGGCACAAGACCGCCAAGCACAAUGCCAUUGUCUGAUGGCCAGC